GGCCACCGUUCGGGAAUCCAUCGACGCUGCCCGCGGCGGCGAAGUCCCCAAAGGAAUGCAAUCGUGACCACCAACCCCGACAACAACCCCUCCAAUCUCCUGCCGGCACUGGUAGGCUGCCUCGAGGCCCUGCUCGCUUCCGAAACGUUGCCCGAAGGAUUGAUUGCCGGUGAAAUCGGUUGGCUGGACAGCGGCCUCGCUUCCGCCCGCCCCGAGUCCAUACAAGUAGGGCGUCCCGAAAAUCGUUCCAAUGCGAUAACCCUUAUCAACACCGCCCGCAACAUCCUCAGCAUAUUGGAGGCUACUGGCGCCGUUGAGAUAGAUUCCGCGCUGCAACUCCACAGAGCUCUGGAUGAUGCCAACCAACGCGCUGGGAGGACGUUGCGGAGAGAACAGGCUGAUCGCAUUCGUGGGUUGUACGUCAUCAUCGACCCCGAAGUAACCGGAGGCCGCGAACCGAUAGAAGUUGCGAAGGCUGCGAUCAAUGGUGGCGCCCGUAUGCUCCAGCUCCGGGACAAAUUGCGCGACAAGGGUGAACAGAUGCCAUUGGCUAUCGCCCUCCGGGACCUUUGCGCCGCCAACCAAGCCCUGUUGAUUAUUAACGAUCACGCCGAUAUAUCGGCGGCCCUCGGCCCGGAACACGUGGGUUUGCAUGUGGGCCAAACCGACUUGGCCGUAGCCGACGCGAGAAAGAUACUGGCGCCAGGCCAGUUACUGGGACGCUCAAAUCGGGAUAUCGACCUCAUCAUUGAGUCCCAGGAAAUGGGCGCCGACCACGUGGCGUUCGGCUCGAUGUACAACACGACCACCAAACCGAUGAUCCGCGACCCGCAGGGUCCAGAAAGGCUCAAACAGGCCCGCGCCGUGGCCCAGGUGCCCUUGGUCGCCAUCGGCGGCAUCACGGUCGAUAACGUGGCUCCGGUUGUGGAGGCAGGCGCCGAUGCCAUUUGCGUCACCGCCGCAGUGGGAAGCGCCCCCGAUCCCGAAGCCGCCGCUGCCGGGUUGACCGAAGCCAUCCGCGCCGCCGGCGGACGAGUGUAG